CAACGAAAAAGGGCGUAAAUCGUUAACAACGAGGCACGAUCUUGAUCAUCAGCAAUUCCACCUAAUCCGUUUCAAUUGAACUCUACAAAAUCACUACACAAUUUACCGAAAUAAAUUUCCAUAAUUUACAUGAUACUCUUAUACAAAUGGAAAUCGCACUACACUCAUCAUCUUCUUCAAUUUUCCAGUUAACUCCAUCUUUUUCCUCGUAUAAUCACCUCAAAUCUUCUAUUAUUUCAUUUAGAAUUUCAAAUUUCUCCAAAUCCUCCAUUUCUUGCUCCGCAUCUUCAAAGGUAGUUUCAUGCUCAGCAAGUGACAGAGAACGGCGAAUUAAUAGUGUAGAAUCUCAUUAUUGUUAUGAUAAAGCUAUUCCUGAACAGAUAAUUGAGAAGCCGGUUGGGUUAUCGGUAAUUGAGAAAGAAAUAGGCAAUCAACCUCGGUGUGAUGAUUGCCAAACUAAAGGUGCCGUGCUUUGUUCAACCUGUGGUGGUUCCGGCUUGUACGUUGAUUCCAUAUUAGAGUGUCAAGGAAUCAUGCUUAAAGUUCGAUGCCUAGGUUGUGGAGGUACAGGCAGUAUCCUGUGCUCUGAAUGUGGUGGCAGAGGCCAUUUAUAAGCUGCUAGCUACAUCAGUAUUGGUGUCUGAUUGAUUUGGUUCUGUAAAAUUGUAUCAGGUCUGUUGUGGCUAUUUUAAAUUCCCUAAAUGUUAGUUGUGACAAAAUUUCUGAUAAUUUAAUAUAAAGUAUUUAUUUUCCUGUCCA